UCUAACAAUUUAUUCUUUCAAAAAAGAAUUAUGAAAGAGUCGUUGAAUGAUAAAGAACAGAAACAACACCACCACCAACAACAAGAGGGAAAGUCAACGUUUUUGCCUUCAUCAACAUCUGCUUUCACCUCUACGAAAGACUUAUUCAAUGAUCAAAAUUAUUUAGAUUUAAUUCAGAAUUUAACAAGGAAUCAUGAUUUCGACAAAUCUACUGUAAAUCCUUCGUUAGCAUCAUGUAAUCAACCAUAUACAGCAUCAUCAAUCAAUUCAAUAUUGUCAUCAUUCAAGUUACCCACACCUAAUCCUCAUUCUCCGCUUCCAUUAAAUAUAUGGUGCACGCCUCGUCCUUUGAAUCAUCUAUUGGAUCAUGAACAACAUUUAUCUGGAGCAUUGAUAUCACCUUCGUUAUCACCACUACUACUACCACCACCAUCAUCAUCAUCGGGAUCGUCGUCAUCUUCAUGUCCGUCACCAUCUUUACAAAAGUAUUUAAAGUAUAUUCGUAGCAUUAGCACGAAUACUUGUCAUAAUAGUACUAGUACUGUCUCUGCUUAUCCAUCGCCAUCUUCAUGUACUUCCAUAUCGAAGUUAUCAUCACCAUUUAUUCAUAAUUCAUCCAAUAUGUUUGCACAGUUCAGUGAAAACAGCAGUCCUACAGAAGACAUUGUCUAUUCAAAGAUGAAUAAUCAGGGCAAGAAUACAUUACCAGUACUAGCAAGGCCACUGCAACAACAACAAGUACAACAAGACGAAGCAAAAUCUGUUCAACUUAUGUGUAAUUAUAAUUUCCCAACAUCGCUGACACGUCAUCCAUCCUUAUCGUCGAUCAAUACAACACCAAAAUCAAGAGAGAAUAAUUAUUUAGCAGAAGACGAAUAUCCUAUUGGUGAACAACACCCCUGUUAUCCUUUUGUAAUAGCUUCAACUGCCAGUCCAACAAAGAAUAAUCAUGAUGACAAUAAAAACGUGAAUACUGCUCAAAAUAUUCUUCAAUUAUCAUCAGUGAAUACUGAUGAAUAUCAGUUAAAAAAACAAAAAAGUUCUUCACGAAAUACAUCAAAUUCCAAUAAGAAAGCGUCGAAAUUAUUACUGUCUAAAAGAAUAAAUAGUGAUGUCGGUAAAAUUAAAAGUAAUAAUAAUAAUAAUAAUAACUGUAUGCUAACAAAAGUCUCCAAUAAACAUAAAACUGACAGUAAUAAUAAUAACAAUAAUAGUACUGAUGGUAAUGGGAGUAGUGCAAGUACAUCUUCUCAACAUAAUAAAAACUCAAAUGGAUCACAUGUUUGCACAGUAUGUUCACGACAAUUUAGUCGUUCAGAUAUGCUUGUACGACAUGCUCAUGUGCAUACAGGACAUAGACCAUUUGAAUGCACAAUAUGUGGUCAAGCAUUUAGUAGAUCUGAUCAUUUGUCUACACAUCAAAGAACUCAUACUGGACAAAGACCAUAUCAAUGUUCAUUGUGUUAUUAUUCAGCAUCUCGACGUGAUAUGAUUACGCGACAUUUAAGAGUGCAUCAAAGACGCGGUCAUAUAAUUCCAACCAGUGAAGGUCAAGGAAGUACAAAAGUACAGUUUACUACAAAAACUUCACAAUCACUUUAGGAUUCUAUGAAGUUGAAAAAAAAACCAAUCUGUCGAAGUUUAUGAAAUUCUUUAGGUUCACGUAAUCCAAGACACUCUAGUCAGCAAUGUAUAUAAAAGUGUGCAUAUUCUUAUACUGUAUAUCUUGAAAAGUGUAUGCAGAUGUUAUUUGUGCAAUUGAGUGUGACAGAAUAUGACAAUCAAACAGUGUUCUCUUCUAUAUUAAUCAGAAAAAAAUACAGAUUAACUCCUAACUGGUUCUCUUUACCUUCAAUCUAUGUGAUGAUCAAGCC